CCUACUUCUCAGUUCAGCUCCUCAAACUUGAACGGGGCUUGCUAUCAGGUCGAUGGGGUUGUUUGGUUCCGUCACAUUUGAAGAAAAACAGAAAUGUUGAAGAGCCAGUCGGUUGUGUACUUAGAAGACUGCCACGGCUUGGCGGCGGCAUUCAGUUGAUUCUCUCAAGUCUGUUUUGGGAGCAGAACGUCGCAGCGUAUGGCGUGUAAUGGGCAAUUUCAAAGGAGGAAUGCCAGUGCCCGAGCAGAGCCCGGUAAUGGAGGAGGGGCUUCUGCUGACCUCCCGCGGCCACUCCACGGGCCGUGGCAUGGAGCCCAACAACACGGCCAACAAUAUCCUGGCGUCUGUGAAAGAACAGGAGCUCCAGUUUGAGCGGCUAACGCGGGAGCUGGAGGUUGAGCGGCAGAUUGUGGCCAAUCAGCUGGAAAGAUGCACACUCGGGGCAGAUUCUCCGGGUGCUGGAAGCAGCAGCUCAUCUGAGAAGUCGCUGCCUUGGAGAACUGCCGGGUCCACGGGGAACUCGCGUAGCUCCGCCCAGAUGAAUUCGUACUCAGAUAGCGGCUACCAGGAUGCCAGCAGCGGCUACCACGGCAACCAAGAUGUGGUCAAAUCGGAGCUGAGGAUGCAGCACUCCUUCCCCGGCGCCGGCACGAGCACCCCCGUCAAGAUGGCCAGGGCGGAGGGGCAGACCUCAACACAGGUGCCAUCAGUUGGCGGGGCAGUGCCUGGCCGUGCGAUCCGAAGAGUCAGCUCAGUGCCUUCUCGCUCUCACUCCCCGCCCCGAGUCAGCAGCACGUCGCCCUCCCACGGCUCGUUGCGCGCCUACGGCUCGCCCGUCAUCACCGAACCCAAACCCCUUUCCUGUAUCUUCUCCACCACCUUGCCCUCCCCCGCCCAGCGCACCAUGAGGGCCGGCGGCUCACCGCUCACCGCCAAGAAAAACUCCCCUGCCGCGCUGCGACGGGCGGGCUCCGCAAACUCGCGGCAGGGCAGCACCAGCCGCACCACCUCGCCCUUCCAGGCCUCGUUGGGCUCGUCGUCGGGCCGCAUGGGGUCGCCUUUGACCCUGACUGACAAGCAGCCCGCUCACUCGUCUCCUGUGCGAACAAGCAUGGUGGCCGUCCCGCAGCACUACAGCUCCACUCUGCCUCGCUCCAUCAUCCAUGGCGCCGACGCCUACCGGUCGCAGCCGUACGACGUUUACGAGAGGAGGGUGCGGCCUGAUAACCUUGCAGAUGCUCUGGUGGAUGAUGACAUUCAAGGCAUGCGGAACACAUACGCCAGUCAGUUGGGCCCGGACUUGAGGUCCAGUAUUUCCCCAGGACGCCGCAUUGCGCCCAUCUUUGAGGACCGCAUGUACCAGACCCCGUUGUACCUCAGCUCGGCCCACACGCAACAGGGCAGCAUCUGCAGGAGCGCCUCAGGCGUGGGGAGUCUCCAGCGGACAUCCAGUCAGCGCAGCGCCAUGACCUACCAAAGAAACGACUUGGCUCUUCACCCCUCCGCCACCUACGCCGAUCCGUAUCGCUCGGCGCAGUACCGGCCGUGCGAUUCCAAUUAUAGUCGACAGGGCAGCGUCCUGGACGAUCCCACCCGCUCGCCCUCCAUAGACAGCAUCCAGAAAGACCCCAGGGAGUUUGCGUGGCGAGACCCGGAGCUGACCGAGGUGAUCCACAUGCUGCAGCACCACUUCCCCUCGGUGCAGGCCAACGCAGCCGCCUACCUUCAGCACCUCUGCUUCGGUGAUAAUCGAAUUAAAGCCGAGGUUUGUCGUCUCGGCGGCGUCAAGCACCUGGUGGAUCUUCUGGACCACAAAGUACUGGAGGUCCAGCGCAACUCCUGCGGAGCUCUGAGGAACAUUGUGUAUGGAAAAGUGAUGGAUGAAAACAAGAUCGCACUGAGGAACGCGGGGGGCAUCCCGGCUCUGCUGCGACUGCUGAGGAAGAGUGUCGACGCCGAGGUGCGGGAGCUCGUCACGGGGGUGCUAUGGAACCUGUCGUCGUGCGACGCCGUCAAGAUGACAAUUAUCCGCGACGCCUUGGCCACCCUGACCAACACUGUGAUCAUCCCCCACUCGGGAUGGAGCAGCUCCACCUUCGAGGAGGACCACAAGCUCAAAUUUCACUCGUCGCUGGUUCUGAAGAACACAACGGGUUGCUUGAGGAACUUGAGCUCAGCUGGCGAGGAGGCCCGAAAGCAGAUGCGCACCUGUGAGGGUUUGGUUGACUCACUGCUCUACGUCAUCAAAGCCUGUGUCAACACUUCGGACUUUGACAGCAAGAUCGUAGAGAACUGCAUCUGCACGCUAAGGAACCUGUCGUACCGUCUGGAGCUGGAGCUGCCUCCGUCGGGAUUGAUGGAUGCGCAGGAAACAGACGCCAUCCUGGCGAGCGAGUCACCCAGCAAAGAUAUCAACAGCUACAGCUGUUGGGGGAGGAAGAAGAAGAAGAAGAAAAACAGCUCCCAUGAAGACACUUGGGACGGUGUGGGACCAAUCCCGGGCUUCUCCAAGCCCCCCGCGGGUGCCGAGAUGCUUUGGCACCCCGCCGUGGUGAAGCCCUACUUGACACUACUCGCCGAGAGCUCCAAUCCUUCCACACUAGAGGGCGCCGCUGGGUCGCUUCAGAACCUGUCGGCGGGCAACUGGAAGUUUGCAGCGUACAUCCGGGCUGCAGUGCGUAAGGAGAAAGGCCUGCCCAUCCUCGUGGAGCUGCUGCGAAUGGACAACGACCGGGUGGUGUGUUCGGUGGCCACCGCGCUCAGAAACAUGGCGCUGGAUGUCCGCAACAAAGAGCUCAUCGGGAAAUACGCCAUGAGGGACCUAGUGAACCGCCUGCCCGGAGGAAACACCACCUUGCUGUCGGACGAGACGGUGGCGGCCAUCUGCUGCACCCUGCACGAGGUCACCAGCAGGAACAUGGAGAACGCCAAGGCCUUAGCCGACACGGGCGGCGUCGAGAAGCUGGUCAACAUCACCAAGGGCAGAGGGGACAGGUUUUCUCUGAAGGUGGUCAAGGCAGCUGCUCAGGUCCUGAACACGUUGUGGCAGUACAGAGAUCUACGUGCCAUCUAUAAGAAAGACGGAUGGACCCAAAACCAUUUCCUCACACCGGUAUCCACACUUGAGCGGGACCGGUUCAAGUCGCAGCCCGCCCUCCACACCAACAGUAUUCAGAUGUCCCCCCUCAACCAUCCUGCCGCCAGUGCCAUGUCGUCUCCUGCCAUUCGCGACCACACCUUGAGAGAUUACCAGAGAGCACAGUCAACUAUGCAGUUUUAUAACUAUCAAGUAGACAACGCUAUUCACAAAAACCAAUACACAGGGUCUGGAAAGCCGUUGUCGUAUUACUACCCGUCGCCCACGCGGGAGGAGCCCAGAAGAACACAGCCUUAUUACUACACCGACGAGCCCAGCAGGAGGACCUACGACCCGUACAGGAUGUACGUGCAGCAUCCGCACGGCUACGACGACGCCUACGUGGACGAGAUCAUGGCGUACGCGCCCCCCGUGGACUAUGGCGGCCAGCAUCACACGCUCAAGGCUGCCAACAACUACGUGGACAUUUACGCCAGCACGCGGAGGCCCUCUUACCGGGCCGAGCAGUACCCCGGAUCCCCAGACUCGUGGGUCUGAAACUCAACCAUGAACUUGGCUUUAAAAAAAAACAAAGAGACUUCGUGUGAAUGUGUGUGCAUACAGUGGGUAUGAAAAGUCUACACACCCCUGUUUGAAUGCUACUGUAGGUGUUGUGAUAAAGUGACAACUUGUUUCAAAACGUUUUUCCACCAUUAAUGAGAGCUUGUACAACUCAAAGGAAAAAAAAAAAAAACAUUUCCACAUUACAAAAACCUGGCAGUAGGACAGGGGUGUGUAGACUUUUGAAACCCAUUGAACGUAGAGGAGCAACAGCAGAGGGAAUCAUGGAAUGUGUGUCAGUAGAAGGGAAUUAGUUAAAGUAGUUGAGAGGGGUACACACACAACGAUUUUUAAUAUCGUAAAUAGGGAUGUUUCAUACCACCUUUAUUCAAACCGGUACCAGUAUGCAUUUUUGACUACUUACCAAUACCGAUACCGAGUACAGACACCACUAGUACUAAUAACUUUAAUCAACACAAUGACAAAUAAUUUUAAUCAAAUGUCUCUGUGAUGCACACAAUGAUUUACAAAUUAAUCAAACAGCAGCACCAAUUACUGGCAAGGAAGACUUACUCAUCAUUUUCUUUCGCUUAAAGCAUCUGUGGCUGGUAUCGGCAUCCUUCUCGAAUCGUAUGUGUGUACCCCAUUUUAGAGACAAAUAAAAAAAUCACGUGGGGAACAAAACUGGACAUGAAUGACAGUCCAGCUUUGUUUUAGAUUUUAGAUUUUUUUUUUUUACAUCUUGUCGUAGCGCAGCGAGGGCGUGAGUCAUGUGAUGCAAGGAUCUGGGAAAGAGUCAAGAUGGAGGUUGUUUAUGUAUGUGCCGAAGCCAACAUGGUGGUGGGGGGGCGGGCGGUCAACGAGUGUACGAAAGGAUGAAAGUGUUAGCUGUACUUACUGUUGUAACAAUGUUGUGUUUUCUUGUAAAUACAGUACACGUGGCCUGGUUUACACUCAUCUGCACUGCUAUACAAAUCAUGAACUUGUGCCAUUAUAAAUCUCUAGAGAUAUAUUAUAUAUAUAUAUAUAUAUGAAUAUGAAGAAAGUAUGUGGAGACAACAGUGGCAUACGUACAUAAUGAAAACAUGAUAAUAAAAAGGACAAUUUUGUUUUUUA